AUGCCGAGCCAAGAAGCGUCGGGCACUGGCAGCCUCGAUGCGUCAACGCCUCUGACAACUGGAUCCAACGGUCAUGACGGUGACCACGGCACGGACGAAACUCGUCUGGGCGGCAACUUCGGGAACCAAGCUGGCACUUACGGCAACCAGGGAGUCGGUUAUGGCAACCAGGGUGUUGGCUACGGCUACAAGGCCGAUGGGUAUGGCGACCAAGCUGGCACUUACGGCAACCAGGGGGUUGGAUACGGCGAGCGUGGUGUCAUCAACCAAGGUGCUGGCCACGGCAACCAAGGCAUCGGCUACGGCGACCAUGGGAUCAACUACGGCAAUCACGGCACCGGGUAUGGGAACCAGGGUGCUGGCUACGGCAACCAAGGCACGGGAUAUGGCAACGGCGGCACCGAGUAUGGCAACAACUAUCGGUACCCAUCUCUCUCGGGGCGCCCGACGUACGGUGGGCCGAGCUACGGCGCUGGCCAGGACUACGGGAAGCAAGCGUAUGGCCGCGCUGACAACAAGGGGUAUGGUGGGUAUCUUCGCCGCUAG